AUGCGGGCUGGGGCCGCGGUGGCGGCGGCGGCCGCGGGGACCCUGGGGGCGGCCGCGGCGGCCGCGGCGAAGCUGGCUCUGGGCACGGGCGGGGAGGCGGCCGGCGGCCCGCUGCCAGUGUUGCUUCGCCUCAGCUGUGUUGGCCUGGUGUUUGUGUUGAAUGCAAUGAUGUGGACAGUCUUCACAAAAGCCUUACGACUCUCCUCCUCCUCAGCUGCUGCCUCUGUGACAACAACAGCCUCCAACUUCAUCUCUUCAGCUAUCCUGGGAAAACUGCUCUUUGGGGAGACAUGGACACCUCUCUGGUGGGUCGGCCUCGCUAUGACAGUCUGCGGGCUCAUGUUGCUGCAUACGGCUGCACCCCAGCUGGUGCAGGUCCCAGCAGAGAAGAAGGAAUGAUCGUUGCUGGAAGGGUCACAGUGCCAUGCCGCCCCUCUCCAGCCUGUCUCAUGACAGCAUCCCCAGUCGCCACCAGUCUCUGAACACGCUGGCCACCGAGCUGCUGACCCUGCUCACUGCUCACCUGCUGACUUGCAAAAUCAUGUUGGUCACGUCUUUCCUGGUGGUGAUGUGGUGGCAGUGACAGCCUUGGAGGGAGCUGGUCAACUCUGAGUCAGUAUUGUGAAAAUCAACGCCAGAGGCUUAUCAACCACUCCUCCUCUUCACACCCUGUGGCUGUGGAGCUUUCGCAGUUUGGGGAAUGCUGAAAAUAGAGAUGGUGGUUGUGGAAGAUGCUUAUGCAUCACUAUUUUUCCAUGAAAGGACCUAUCCCAAAAUAGAAGAACAAUCAGAAUUAGAUGCUGAAGGCAGCUGUUAUUUCUGCUCUGCUGUUCCUGACUUUCUGUCUUUUGAAAUGGUUCUGUGCCCGCUGCUACCUGUAAGGCUGUAGAGACUUGCAUUUAGUUCAGCUUCCUCUAUCAGUCACAUACACCUUUUAACUUGCCAUUUUUAUCUGACAUCUAGAAUUUUUACUUACCCAUUCCUGACAUGUUAAUCACUGUAAGGUUGCUGUUCUUUCCUUUAAACCCUUACCCAGAAGAAGGUUUUGAUCACCAUUCCUACUUUGUGUAGGUCAUACUAGUUUUGGUACAAUUCAAGAGGCAACCUGCUUUCACUUGGAGCGUCCAUGUUCAACAUAUUCCCCAUCCCCACUCAUUUUGACAAUUGCUUUAAUGUUUGGUAAAAGGGACUAUCUCAAGCCAUGUUCUUUCUAUGCCUCUAGAUGAUGCUUAUUCUCUUAUUCUCAUUCAUGUGAUGUGAUGAUGUGAUGUGAUGUGAUGUGAUGUGAUGUGAUGUGAUGUGAUGUGAUGUAUGUGAUGUGAUGAACCAGAUCACUGGUAUCCAGGUAUCUGCUAAAUUUUGCAUCAGUGUUCAGGUGUCGAUUUGGUGAAUGUAUCACGAAUCAUCAUUUGUAAGGUAUCAACUUCAUUCCCCUACCUACUUCUUUUUUUUUUCUCCUUGGAAAUUCUUCCAUUGGAAUCCUAAUUAAGAAAUAAAAUUAUGCUUAUAAAUGUA